CACCACGCCAUCGAGGGUGUCCCGAGCCCGCAACGCCGAUUUCACCGUACAUCGUCAGCAUGGCGCUCGCCCGACCGCUGUCCCCGCUGUGGCAGACGCUGAUGCCCGGCCUCAGCGGCAUCAAUGGCCCCGUCCGCCCCGUCCUGAACCUGCCGUUCCUGCAGCGCCUUGCACAGUCCACACCAUUCGCCGCACUCGCCAUACCGUCAUUAUCGCUGCCGUCAUUCCCUUCGCUGGGCGAGAUAUGGGAUGGCGUACUUAAGGCGGUGCCAAAGAAGAAGACAUCGUACAUGAAGAAGCGGACGCGGUUCUUGGCGGGCAAGGGUAUUGAGGACAUUACAUCACUGAACAAGUGCUCGGCAUGUGGGCGGACAAAACGCGCGCACGUCUUGUGCCCAUACUGCGUUGAUGCCAUCAAGACCAACAUCUUCCGCCAGCUCAACUGGUCGAUCAGGAGGCCUACCGAGAAGCAGAGCAAGCAAUUGGCGCGUGAGAAGCGCGAGUACAAGCAGAAGAACCGAACGAUGGAGGCAGAUCCUCGGGAAGAGAAGGAGCAGCAGAUUCUCAAGCACACUGGUUGGACCUUCAAGAAGUCUGAGCAAAAGAAAGUUUGAGAUGGGAAAAUAUGGGGCUUUUCGGAUUGACGGGCGGUCGAGCUUGGAAAUGGGCUCCGGAGACAAGAGAUGUACAACAUAGGCGCUAUAUGAGGAGGGAGCAUGGACGAUAUUGUAUCAUAGUUGGCGAGCAUACCACUGGCGCUUUGGAACCUUUACAAUCAACUGUAUCACACCAAUAGUGUGUUUCAUCACGAGAAAGAGUUCAGAUACCAACAGUAAUGAACUACGUGAAGCACUAUACUUGAGCGUCUCAAAAUAGACUGCUGGUGAUGGGCCAGUGGGUACGGAUGUCGACAACUGCAGACGCAAUUUCAAG